AUGGAUGAGAAUUCAUCAUCCGAUGACGAUGGGGACGACGACGAUGAAGAUGAUGGGGAGGAUGAUAUUUCUGAUACCAUUCCUGUUGGGGAUAAUGACGUAUGGUUGGAGGAUGGUGAGAUUAGAUCCACCGAUGUUGAAGCGGUCAAGGAAUCAAACUUGGAGAACUCGACAUCAAAUACAUCCAACAACGCCCGGUCCCCGGAGGUGACGUCGUCACCGGCAGACGUAGUAAUGGACGAUGAUGACCGGGGAGACGGAAGUGACAUAUAUGAGGAACUCCAAGGGUCGGGUGUUGGAAUUGGUGUGCAUGGGAAAUCACAGGAGGAGAUCGAAAUUCUUUACAAUAAUGAGGGUAUUAAUGUUGUGUUGCACGCAGACCUAAUUAAUGAAUUCUCUUUUACUGGUGCGAAGAAUGUGAAUGUGGGACCGGGGGAAAUGUCAAAUAGGCUUCUGGAUAACCUGGAUAAGUCCGGUUGA